AUGCGAUCGUUCUUGUCAACAAGUACUGAUCGAGAGGCAGCACUCUGCUUCGCUCAAGCUGGCGCGCAUGAUGUGGAGAAAGUGUUGUUUGUGAUCGAAGCCGACACUCAUCGGCAGACUGCACCAUUUGCACCUAUCUCACAUCUGAGUUAUUUUCGUAGUGAAGAUGAAGUGUUAUUCAUGCUCGGUGCUGUCUUUCGAAUUGAGAAAGUGGAUCAUGAUGGUGGUGUGUGGGUGGUGAAGUUGGUCUUGUGCAGUAAAGAUGCUCAUGAGAUAAAGAAGAUGAUAGAUCAUAUGAAGAAGGAGAUUGGAGAAGGUGAAGCGACAUUCUACUCACUUGGACGUUUGUUGCGGAAGAUGGGUAAAUAUGAGAAGGCUGAGAGAUGUAUUCAACAACGACUUCUUGAACUACCACAGAAUCAUCCACAUGAGGCACCCUGUUACCACUUACUUGGAAAUAUUGCUGAUGACAAAGGCGAUUACACAUUAGCCCUUGAACAUCACAAUAAAUCCCUCUCCAUCAACCUCCACACAUUAACACCAGACCAUCCACACAUUGGAUAUAGUUACAACAGCAUUGGUGGAGUUUAUAAUGUGAUGGGUGAUAAUGAAUCAGCACUGCAGAACUAUGAGAAAGCCUUGUCAAUAUGGUCGAAGUGUUAUGAUGAAAAUGAUGAACGUAUUGGAGAUGUCUACAACAACAUGGGAAACAUCUACUUGAGAGAAAACAAGUUGAAUUUAGCAAUCAACAAUUACAAGAGGUCACUAGAGAUAAAGCAGAAGGUUCUUCCUACCGAUCACCCAACUGUAGGUGAUAUAUAUAUGAACAUCGGCAGUGUUUGUGCGACGAAAGGCGAAUAUGAUAUGGAAGUGUGCACAAAUGUCGUCAGGCACAUCGCGGUCUAG